AGGUGCCGGGAUUCUACUCCCCCUCUCACUGCUCUGUGUCUGAUCUCAUCCCUGCCUCUUCCACUGCAAGGUGAACUUCCUGUCUUCCUUUUGGGCCAUUUGUGAAGGUUGACUUCUUUAACACAUUAUUGGGAUUUUUUCUACCCUUUUUCUACACUCAUUUUCGGCUGCUGCGCCUGUAGGAAAAUGUCUUAUGUGAUCAGAAUGAACGGAGUCUCUAAUAACGGGAGCGGGGUGGACCGGAACGGGGUGAGCAGGAACGCGGUGAACGGAAAGAAAUGCCCGGGAGUGAACGGAGGAGACGCGGAACGGAUCAGUGUGAACGGGUUUCAGGGGAACGCCGUGCACCACGUGAGCGUGCGCGCUCCCGUCAGCGCCGCCAAGCUGAAGGCGCGCAGACAGCGCUGGAGCGUCCGAGCCUCCGAGAUGUCCAAGAACACCUUGAACCCCAUCCGAGCUAUAGUGGACGGAAUGAAGCUCACCCCCAACCCUGACAAGCCCAUGAUCGCCCUGUCUAUCGGUGACCCAACUGUAUUUGGAAACCUGCCCACAGAUGAAAGUGUGCUCCAAGCAAUGAAGGAUGCUAUAGAUUCUCACAAAUAUAAUGGCUAUGCCCCAUCAGUCGGUUACCUGAAGAGUAGAGAGGCUGUGGCAAACUUCUACAGCCACCCCGGAGCUCCACUGGAAGCUAAGGAUGUGAUCUUAACCAGUGGCUGUAGUCAGGCCAUAGAACUGGCCAUCACUGCCCUGUGUAAUCCAGGAGACAACAUCCUGGUACCCUGUCCUGGAUUUUCUCUUUACAAAACCCUGGCAGUGUCUUUGGGCAUCCAGAUCAAGCUUUACAACCUGCUGCCAGAGAAAUCCUGGGAGAUUGAUCUGCAGCAUUUGGAGAGUCUGAUUGACGACAGGACAACAUGUCUGAUCGUCAACAACCCGUCCAACCCCUGUGGCUCAGUGUUUACCAAAGAGCACUUGCAAAAUAUUCUCGCAGUUGCCUCAAAACACUGCAUCCCUAUCCUUGCGGAUGAAAUCUAUGGAGACAUGGUCUUUCCUGACUGUGAGUUCCAUUCUCUGGCCCCUCUCAGCAAUGAUGUACCCAUCCUGUCCUGUGGGGGUCUGGCUAAGCGCUGGCUUGUUCCUGGAUGGAGAAUGGGCUGGAUCCUCAUACACGAUCGCAACGACAUCUUUGGAACAGAGAUUCGAGAAGCCCUUGUUAAGCUCAGCCAGCGCAUCCUGGGUGCCUGCACUGUUGUCCAGGGGGCUCUAGAGAGCAUCCUUAACAACACCCCAGCAGAGUUCUACCAGAGCACAAUCAGCUUUCUUAAGUCCAACUCAGAGAUUUGCUUCUCAGAGCUGUCCACCGUUCCUGGGCUGAAUCCAGUGAUGCCAUCUGGAGCCAUGUACCUCAUGGUCGGGAUCGAAAUGGAUCACUUUCCAGAGUUCCAGAACGAUGUGGAGUUCACUGAACGGCUGGUCACUGAACAGUCUGUAUUCUGCUUGCCUGCCACGGCAUUUGAAUAUCCAAACUUCUUCCGGAUUGUGGUGACGGUUCCAGAGGAAAUGAUGGUGGAGGCAUGUGCCCGGAUCAGAGAGUUCUGCGCACGCCACUACAGACCUCUCAGCCAAGACAGCAACGACCUGGACCAAUGAAAGAAAGACUGGGAAAGCCAAAAAAAACAAAGACUUACGGCCCAGGAAAAGCAUUGUGGACUUGAGGAUGUUCGAAUGACUAUUGGUGUUCUUUCUUCAGUGGAAACCCACAGUUCUAUGUAAACCUUAUAUUUAUAUUUUUAUAUGGUGUAAAUCUUAUUUUUAUCCCUGUUAACUAGUGUAACCCCACUUUUGCAUGACAUCUGCCUUCAAGUCCAGCCCAGUUGAGAGGCCACAGAGCCUGCCACAGUGUUACAAGCUCACCUACACCUUGGCAACUAUAUAUGUUGGACCCUAGUUUCCAAACACUGCUGCCAGUUUCCUAAUGACACAAUACACACUCAUUAUGUUCAGAGGGUCGGUGCUCAUCUUUGAGCACUUCAUUCUGGCAUUGUGUCUGAAAGUAUUACGUUAGUGUAUUAUGCUUGUUCGACUGCAUGCUCAACCACUUUUAUAGCGUCAUAUACAUUCCUUUAUACGUAUAAUAGCGUUCAUUAUGUAACAUGUAUUAUGUAGCUAUUUAAAUAAAAUCUUUUCUAUUAGAAA